CCUGAUUAUCGUGGUUAUUAUUCCGAUUAUUACGAUUCCCAAUGGAUUGUGGUGAGAAACCCCAUUAGUUUCUUCGAUUGCGGAAAAAAGACAAGGCAAAGAUCAGCAAAUUUAACAGGAACCCCGUUUUACUAUUCGCGUGGCAAUGUAUUCAUUGCAGUAAGUUGUGGUGCCCUGGCCAAGUUCGUAACAAAGUCAGGCAACAUGCUCUUCGAGAAUGGAUGCUCAUCCAAUAGUACAACAACUACAUCAACUAGUCAUAAUAUUAUUGAUUUUAGUAAUUGCGAUGGCGUUGAAUGUUGUACUACUUCCGUCGUCUUCCCUUCGGAUGUUGUGAGCGACAGCUUCGAAAUCUCCAUGGAUAAUGAUUCUUCUGGUACUCCUGCAAAUCAUAGCCAAUGCAAAUAUGCAUUCUUGAUAGAUUAUGAUGAAAUUGAUAAACAUAAAACAUUUCGUGAUCUGGAUUAUGUUCCCGUCCGACUAAGUUGGUCCCUUAACAGUACGUAUUUCGAUGUAUUUAAAACACCUGCUAUGCCAUUGCCAACCAUAACUAGCAAUUUCCGUUGUUGGACUUCGACGGAGGACUAUGGUAAUUUAUUAGAAUCCUCUUCAGAUCGGAUAGAUCAUUGUUCGUGCAAGUAUGGACUUCGAGGGAAUCCCUAUCUGGUGGGUGGGUGUAAUCAAGAUAUUAAUGAAUGCAUUGAGUACAAAUCGGCAUGCCCUGAAGGCUCUACUUGCGUGAACACUUUCGGGGACUAUCACUGUAGUUAUAAACGCAUGGCUAUCUUUAUAGUCUCGCCGUCUAUCUGCCGCCAGAGCCGAGAUCGGACCUCCGACGAUUUCGUCUUCAACUCCCCGCCGAUCUCGCAGAAGCCUCAAGCCCAGGCAUUGUCCUUCGACUCAUCUUUAUAA